UACUCUACAACUACCCACCAUUCCCAGACAGCCUGAAUGAAACAUUGAAGUAAGCCCUCCGACUCUGAUUGAAGUUCAAAAAAAACUAUAGGUAGUCUGAAACGAGAAAGGGUAGCUAGUCCAGAUGGAUUGGCUCCAGAGGUCCUUAAGUAUGAUGGUCCAGUUUUAGCGAUUAGAUUGACUAAUAUUUUAGCUAACUCUGGGAACUGAAUGUAAUUCCAUCUGACUGGUCGCAGUCACUGAUUGUCCCAAUAUAUAAGAAGCGGUCCAAAUCAUCCUGUGAUAACCAUAGAGAGAUUAGUUUGACCAAUACAGCAUCUAAAAUACUAGCCUCAAUAAUUGUCGGACGUUUAACAAAGACUCGUGAACUGCAAACACGAGACAAUCAGGUUGGCUUCAAACCUGGUCGUGGCUACAUCGACCACGUAUUCACCAUUCGUCAGGUUUUAGAUCACAGACAUGCUUAUCGGUGUCCGACAAUGGUGGUCUUCCUUGACUUAAAAGCAGCAUUUGACUCUGUAGACCGAGAGGUUCUGUGGCAGUGUCUGUCAUUGAAAGGCGUACCUCAGAAGUACAUAAACCAUGUGAAGGCUCUUUACUCGAACACUACUAGUCGGGUGAGAGCUUACGGCGAACUUUCAUCUGCUUUUGCAACCUCAAGUGGUGUCUGGCAAGGCUGUCCACUUUCUCUAUUUUCGUUUAACUUCAUCAUAGACAUACUGAUGGAAAUAACGCUCUCAUCGACUGGAUUUCCGGGCAUUGAUCUCCUACCAGGAGGUUCACUUAUCGACUUAGAAUACGCAGAUGAUAUAGUCCUGUUUGGUGAAGACACUGAUAAAAUCCAGUGUCUGUUGGUAGCACUGAGCAACAAUGCCAGGAUGUUUGGGAUGCGCUUCUCCCCCUCUAAAUGCAAGCUGUUGCUUCAGGACUGGUCUGCGUCAACACCUGAACUAAGGAUCAGGAGUGAAGUAGUCGAACGCGUUGACAACUUCACUUAUCUUGGAAGUCUGAUCAGCCCUAAUGGGUCAGUGUCUGACGAAAUCUCUACACAGAUUCGGAAAGCUCGUUUGACUUUUACCAACUUACGUCACCUAUGGCGAAGGCGAGAUAUCCAUCUAUCAAUUAAGGGAUGAGUAUACUGCUUGGCAGUUCGUUCUGUUCUACUUUACGGCUGCGAAACAUCGCCAUUAAGAGUAGAAGAUACUCGUAACUUACUAGUAUUUGACCACAGAUGCCCUAGAAAUGUUGCUCGCAUCCGCUGGGAUCAUCGGGUAAGUAAUAGUAAGGUUAGACGCAGGGUAUUAGGGAAUGAUGGUAAAUCAGUUGAUUAGGUUGUGAAUCUUUAUC